AUGCGUAACAUUUAUGUGCACGGUAUGUUUAUAAAAGAUGCUUGUGUUUUGCUGAAGCGACUUGACGAAGGAGCUGCUGGGGAGAUGACGGACACGCCAGCAGCGCACGCUCUUCACUUCGAUGCGGCUCCUGAAGCUAGUGAUUUCAAUUUCGGCAAAGUGAUAGGGCAGGGCUCGUACGCAAAGGUCUUUCACGCGCAAUUGAAAAAAAAUCGCAUGGACUUUGCCGUAAAAGUAAUGGAUCAAAACUUCAUUCGCAAGGAAAACAAAACAGCUUUCGUGCUGACUGAGCGUAAGGUCAUGUCGCGUCUCUUACACCCGAAUAUAGUCAAGUUCUACUGCAGCUUCCGCGAUAAGCACAGUUUGUACUUAGUCAUGGAGCUUUGUCGAGGUGGUGAUCUCAACGGGCUGAUCAGCAAGGAAUAUCAAAUUAAGCAACAGCAAGGAGUUUCAGAUGCGGCGUGUUCAUUUCAGCUUACUCAGUUCUACAUUGCAGAGCUCGUUACAGCACUUGACUUUAUGCAUUCCAAGCUUGUCGUUCACCGAGACAUCAAACCUGAUAACCUGCUCCUCAGUGAGCAAGGACAUUUGAAGGUGACUGAUUUUGGUACCGCUAAGGAUCAAGAUGGGGAGAGUAGUGAAGUGUGCCAAUUCUGCGGUACUGCCUCAUACGUGUCCCCGGAAGUCUUACACGACCAGCCGGCCUCACGAGCUUCCGACCUUUGGGCUUUGGGCUGUUUAAUCUUUCAGAUGUUUACAGGUCGUGCUCCAUUUGUUGGUGAAAAUGACUACUUAACAUUUCAAGUGAUUAUCAACCACUCAAGCGAUGACUUCGAAUUUCCGCAAAGUGUCCCGGACAUCGCGCAGGAUCUGAUUCGAAACCUUCUUGUUCAAGAUCCCGACAAACGCAUUGGCGCUCAGCCAACAAAAGAUGGUUACAACCAGCUAAAGAGGCACGCUUUCUUUGAUGGCGUGUCGUGGGAUGUUCUUGGUGAACUAACCCCGCCGUACAAACCUCCGGAGCUCUUGCUACCAGAGCCAACGCUGGAUGGUUCGGCGGAAAAUUGGACUGUCGCCGAGUAUUUCUCAUACGAUUUCUCUGAAAGCGCUUCGGAGGAAUACAGUAGCAAGCGUUCGCGAAGUAACAGCUUGUACCAAAAGAAUCGACCUGAGUGUAUAGGAUUAGAUGAGCACAUUUACCUUGAAUCCACAGUCAAAGUCCGCUCUAAAAUGUUCAGCCGCACACGAGGGCUCAUUCUCACUGACGCUCCGCGAUUACUCGUGGUUGGCUCAUCCUCAGGUCGCCUAAAACGUGAAAUUAUUUUGACUCCAGAUACCACUGUAAACGAAAUUGAUCCCUACACGUUUGACGUCGUUUCGGGAUCAAACACAAUUCGAAUCACGGACUCUAGCAGAUUUGCUCGGCAGUGGGCACAUGCUAUACUAGAAGCUGUCUCAGAGUAG